AAUGUUUAUAAAAGAAGCAUAUGAAAGAAGAUAAAAACAGAGUGAUGGAGAAUAAGAAAUAUUAUAGACUGAAUAAAGAAUACAUAAGAUUGGUAGUAUCAAGAACAAUAAAAUGAACUAUGAUAAAGAUGAAUAAUUUUUUAGCAAAGAGGAUAUCCCUUAAAGAGCAUUACAAAUAAAAGAAACUGUUUAGACUUUUGUUGAUCCAGUAAAUUUAAUUUGCAUUUAAUAUGAUAGGAUAUUUUAGGUUUGAGAAAGAAAGAAUGGAAUAGCAGCGUUUCAGUUCCAAAGAAUCCAUUGUCAGAGGAAACUCAUGAAAGAAAAUUGGUUAAAAUUCGAUUAGGAUUAUUUGAUCAUCCAAUUCCAAAAGAGAAAGCUAAUAAAAUAUAUGAAGGAAUAGAAACUAGAGAUAAUUAUUUAUUAGCAAAGAAAGGUUCAAGUAAAUGGAAUGUGAGUACAGAAACCAAUAAUCUAGAGUUUUAAAAAAAUCUAAUGAAUUCAACUAAAGAGGCACUAAAAAAUACUAAAUCUAAAGAGGAGGAGAUUAUAAAAAACUAUUUAAAGCCUAUAGAACAUUAAUCAAAAUUGUAAUUAGAUCUUAGAUCUCAGAAAGUAAAUGAGAAAGAGAUGAGAAAUAAAAUAAGAUAAGAUUAUUAAUUAGCAAAUCCUGCUGCUUCCCAAUAAGCAAUUGAUGGAGCAGUAUUUAGAUUGGCUUAUGAGGCAAAAUUAAGUAAAAACUAAGAACAAAUUCAAGUAAUUAUUUAAUUCUUAAUAGAGGAUAAAAAUUAUACAUUUAAACCAGAUAUGGCAAGGACAUUAAAACAUGAUUUAGAUUAUAAAUAUUGUCAUAAUGGUGUAUGGUAGAAAAUGCCUGAUGGAAGUGAAGGUUGGUCUUGUUGUAUGAAUAGUACAUUAGAAUCAAAGGGAUGCAUAACAAUAAAGAUAGAUAAGAACAAGUGGGAUUAUUCAUCAUUUACACAUUGA